AUGAAAAGAAUAAACGAAUAUUUUUCUACUAAUACGAAUAAAAGAAGUCCCGUGCCUGCUAUUCCAAUAGCAGAAGAAGAAUCAUCACUAAUUUGUGAUACAAUUAACUCGGAGGAACCAGGUACAUCGUCCUCAAAUGUUGUUAUGUCCCGAGUUAAUGAUGUUGGUAUGUUUAUAAAAGUGGAUCGCAACUUAACUGAUAAUGAAAAACAUAUAGUUCUCACAAAUGCAUGGAUUCCGCCUGUUUCUUACUCGUUUCCUAUACUAGAGCCUAAUAAAGAACGAAAAUUAAAGUUUCAACACCACUGGUUAACUUCAUACAGCUGGUUACUGUAUUCCGAAAUAAAAUCUGGUGCAUUUUGUCGAUUUUGCGUGGUUUUUGCUAAAUGUGGUGGUGUGGGAAAUCAAAAACUAGGUUUUUUGUCCUCUGAACCAUUUAACAAUUGGAAAAAGGCUAAAGAAGUUUUUAAUAAACAUUCAUUGUUGGAAUACCAUAAAACUGCUGCUUUGAAAGCUGAUAGUUUUUUAAGUGUUUUUUCUAAAAAACAAAAAUCAAUUGUUGAUGCUUUGGAUGAUGAUAGGUCAAAACAGAUAAUUAAUAAUAGAAAAAGGCUUUUACCAAUCGUAGAAUGCAUAAUUUUAUGUGGCAAACAAGAAAUUGCUCUACGGGGACAUAGGGAUUUUGGCCCAAUUGACUUUACAUCAGCGUCAGCUAAAAAUGAAGGUAAUUUCCGAGAAAUUUUAAAAUAUAAAGUAAAAGACAACGAUUGUAUUAGAUCAUUCCUUGAAUCAGAUUCACGUAAUAAAUAUUUAAGCCCUAGGAUACAAAAUGAAAUAAUAGCUAUAUGUGAUACUUAA